AUGGUCACAAGCGCAAAAGAACAUCUCUCGCGGUUGGUCAUGAUCUUGCGCUUAAUCUUGGCAGGAUUUUCUGACGCCGUCCCCAGUGUGACCCCUGUCGGUAUCGCAAAGUGUGACGGUCGUCGUCCUUGCACCACCUGUAGCCAAGUUGGCACAGAGUGUAUCUAUGGAUCUGAGGCUGUCAACAAAAGCAAAAGUGACCUGAUUCUGGAUGUUGCUAUUCGGUCUGAAAACCUGUUGCAGGAGCUAAGCGCUCAACUGUCUCAAACUCGAGCAAAUCCGCGAAGUCCAAGUCUGGUACGCAGCGCAAUAUCGCCUCAAACUGGAGUCUCGCCUAGCGCUGCCAGCAACAUUCAUCGUGGGAAUAGUCAAACUGACCACAUCUCUAAUGCAACGCUCUCUCCGUUUCAUGCAUCAACCACCGAGCAUAUUCUGUCAUGGCCGCAGUUCAUCGAAUUUGGGAGUCUCAUCCAAGGCAAAGGACUUUCGGUAUUUCACUUGGAGCAAAGUCGGCUACCUCACCCACAGCGACCAAAUACUGUGCUACCUUUCGUGUCGCAAGAAGAAGUGGAGCGCCUUGUACAAAGCUUCGAACGUGGCAUCAAUUUCUGGUACCCCACGAUGGCCCGUCAUGUGACAGAGGACAUACGGAGCCGUUUAGUAGCGGCCAAAUUUGAUGAAGAUACGUAUUCGUGUCUAUCAUUUCUGGUGAUGGCUUUGGGUUGCGCUGGUGAGCUCGUUGGGUCCUUAUCUUAUCCCGGAGUGCGGCAGCCGGAUCAGACCAACCAGCAGAAUCAAUGGCGGCUGUUGGCCGACAUCUAUUUUGACUGCGCGUUCAAAAAGAUUCACAUAGCCCAGGCUGAAUUUUCCGCGGAGGCUGUCCAAUGCUUAUUCUUCACGGGACUGUACUUCUCCUAUCUGCAGCGACCACUUCAAGCCUGGUCUUUCAUAAGUUCAGCUGCAACGAAAUGCCGAUUACUCCUAUCAUACGAGUCCCCAGACAAAAGUCCAGAGCAAAUGGAAAGCCUUCGCCGCAUCUUCUGGUCAUGUUAUAUUCUCGAGAGUGACUUUCUCGCUGAGUUGGCUGGCCUUCCGCAGACAGGCAUUGCAGACAUUGAAUCCUCGGUUCCUCUCCCUGGAACUUAUUCUACGCAGGAUUCGAAGGUUGACCAAGAGCAAUCGUCUCUUUACUUUCUUGCUUGCAUUUCUAUGCGACGCCUCCUCAACCGCGUCCACGAUCUUCUGUACGCUCGUGGGGCCGGUGUGGGAUUUGAUACCAGUCAAUUUCCCUCUGUCGUCUCCGAAUUGGCCUUUCAAUUGGACGAAUGGAAGGAGCUUCUGCCAUAUCCGUUCCAAUUUUCCGUCAAUCUAGAGCCCACGCGCACCGAAGAAGGCGCGUUUCUGCGGCAACGAUACCUGACUUGCAAGAGUGUUAUUUACCGUCCGUACCUGACAUGGGCACUGUCCAACGGUGAGAAUAUCGAAGGAUGCCCCCCUAUAGUGAUGGAAGGGUCCCGACUAUGUCUUCAAUCUUGCUGGAUGCACGCGCAAAAUCUGCGUGGAUUGCGUCAUACAAUUAUGGUCGACACGUGGAUCUGUUCGCUCUCAAUGGCAUCGGUGAUCCUCAUCACAUUGGCCGCAUCAAGGGUGCGCGCUCUUCGUCCGUUGAUCACACCCGAAAUCGUCGAGAUCGGAUCUCAUCUUAGUCAGCUGCUCACUCAGUGGACGUGCAUACCAGGUGGACCAAAAUCUCCCAGCGUAAAUCAGAGCAUCGAUCUGAUCGAGAAUGUCUCUAAACUCCUCCAAUUCACAUUGAGAGACAGGGCGAAUGGAGACCACCGGGGCAGCUAA